AUGUCAGAAAGCGAAGAACAGGCUCCACGCAGUAGCGGCAACUGCCUCAAGACAUUCUGCAGUGGCCUCACCAUGACGGGAGGUGACAUGGGCUCUCUGUCUCAGUUGUUCUUUGACAACUUGUCCACCCUACUCGGUGCGCUUUUUGCCAUUCAAGAUUUGACCAACUUUGGUCCAAACGCCGUCUCCAAAGGUGUCAUGGACGAAUACGUUUGGGGCCGCAUAGUUCCCGGUGUCGGAAUCACCCUGUUGAUUGGAAACAUCUACUACUCGUGGCAAGCGGUUCGUCUCACCAACAAGUAUGGCCGUCCUUACACUGCCCAGCCCUAUGGAUUGAAUACUCCGGCUGCCUUUGCCUUUGUUUUCAAUAUCAUUUAUGCCGUCUUUUUUGCGGAAGGCGGCGGUGAUGCCGGCUUUAUCAAGGGUUACAAGGUUGCCCUCGUGGCCAAUUUCAUCACGGGUCUCAUUUCCAUCUUGUUUGGCUGCUUCGGUCCUUUGAUUCUCAAGGUCGUUCCACCGGCAGCACUCCUCGUGCCUAUCGCCGGUAUCGGAUUUGCCUUUUUGGGAAUUGAACAGGUCUCCUACAGUAUUGCAGCACCCAUUGUCGGAUACUCCGCCAUCAUGUGGGUAUUCUUGGGAUGGUAUGCGGGAGUCCGCAUUGGAGUCGGAAAGUACCGUAUCCCCGAAGCCUUGCAAGUCAUCUUGGUCGGUGUCAUUUUGGGCUGGGCGACUGGCCUUAAUGAUCCCGAAGAUACCAAGCAAGCUGCCGAGCUCGUCAAGUGGUGGGGACCCGUCUGGAGCGCCGGUGACAUGUUUGGCGACUUUGGCAUGGUCAAGGAUUAUUUGGGUAUUGUGAUUCCGAUUGGAAUUUCUGCCGCCGCCACCACACUCAUGUGUCUCGUGUCUGCCAAGGAAGCAGGUGAUCCCUUCCCCGUUCGCGAGACCAUGAUUAUUGAUGGUAUCGGUACUUGCAUUGCCUCGUUCUUUGGAUCUCCUUUUGGUACUGUCGUUUACAUUGGACAUCCAGCACACAAGGCAUCGGGUGCCAAAGUUGGAUACUCCUUGGUCAAUGGCAUUAUUUAUUUUAUCAUGUCGUUCUUUGGCAUCCUCGCCUUGAUCCAGUCUCUCGUCAACCAAGCUACCAUUGGACCGAUCGUUCUCUUUGUUGGAUUGAUGGUCAAUCAAGAAGCCUUGGAUUUCAUCCCAUCUCGUCACUAUCCUGCUUAUGUCAUUGGAUUGUUCCCCUCGGUCUACGAUUGGGUCACCAACGUCUCGGGUAGAGCUCCCUUGACCGACGAUGGAACCUUCAAUACCAACACUCCAGGCGGUGCAGGAUGGAUUGGUGUUUUGGGAUGGAAGCGUGGUGCACUCCUUGUAUCCAUGCUUUGGGUUGCAAUGCUUGUCAACGUCAUUGACCGCCAGUGGAAGGUUGCAACUAUUUGGGCCCUGAUUACUGCCAUGUUUGCUCUCUUUGGAAUUAUCCAUGUACCAGAAGCUGGAUUCGACAACUUUGAUGAUGCUUUCUGGGAACAAUGUACCAGUAAUGGAUGCUGGGAAUUCGGAUAUCAAUGGAUGUACUUUGUCUCGUACAUCAUUCUCACUGCCACGUUUGCCUUGGUUGGCUUUGCUUCCAAGCUUGACAGCACCAUUGAAGAUCCCAUUGAUGACGAAACUCGCCAUGCCUUUGACGAUUGGUUUUCUGAAGCCUCAAUGGAUACCACUGUGCACCGCAAGAAAGAUAUGAAAGAUCUUCCCCCCGGAGUAGAAAAGGUAGCAAGUGAUGAGCCGGAUGAAAAGUUGCCAAGCGAUACUGAAAACGGUGACGAGGCGCAAGCCUAA